UAUGGAUACCGUAGAACUCUCCUCUAGACCAAUUGACGGAGCCUACAGAGAUCCGCAAUUUUGCGGUGCCUAUUAUCAAUGUAUCGAUGGUAAAGCUUAUCCACAGAACUGUCCUCUCGGUCUUUUCUUUAGAUUUACAACGUUAGAUUGUACAAUUAUAACUUGUGUUAAGCCUGAAUAUACUGAUUGUCCAACGUCUUAUAAUGAGGUGUUUCAUAAAGAACCUCAACAAUGCGAACCAAACCAGAAAGAUUUUUCAACUCCUUGUUUUACAAAAACGGACGAAUGUGCACCAAAUCUUAAUGCAACAGUUCCGAGUUUAAUCGAUUGUAGAAUCUAUUAUCAUUGCGACAAUGGAGUAUCUUGGCCCCAACAAUGUCCUCCCGGUUUCUUUUUUAACCCUGUAGUUAAUCCAAGAACGUGUACCAUAAAGCUUUGUGUUCGAGCGGAAGAUGCGAACUGUCCAAGACCAGGAGGUUGGUCUGAAUGGUCACCUUGGAGCGAUUGUGAACCGAGUUGUGGAGGUGAUGGAAUACGAACUCGAACAAGAAACUGUAAUAAUCCUCCACCAAUAAACGGCGGUGCCGAAUGUCCGGGUGUACCAAUUGAAGUGGAAGGUUGUCGAACACCCGAUUGUGGAAUUUACAGAGUACCAGCAUUUAUGGUAUCUUUACAGACGAGCACAAUUCUUUCUCAGGGGAGAGUUAAAUGGAGUUCGAUUGAUGUUAAUCAAGAUGAUUUAUUUAAUUUUGCAGACAAUUCAUUAAAUAUCAAAAAGUCUGGUUUAUAUUAUUUUUCUAUAACUGCUACUAUAGGAGGAAAUAGUGGAACUUCUCUUUCCCUUGAGAAUUUGGGUAAAAGAAUGGGUUUAAAGAGAGAAAGAAAUGAGAAAAGUUUUGAUCUGAUAACUAGAAAUUGUCUAUUCAAUUUGAACAGUUUAUUUCGACCAUACGUUCACCAAGGACUGCCUUCUUCAUUCUUGGCAGGUGAUAAUUUUGGAAAGGAUACUUCCUGGUUAGGAUUUGAAUAUUCAUCUAAUAAUUAUUUAUUCGCUGGCUCCGAAUUGAGCACUUUUGAUGAACGCUAUCUUGCUCUCGACUCUAUUAUAAAUAUGAGAAAUUUUAUGGCUGUUAACUCGAAUAGAAGGUUUAUUAGUCGAGAAGGUGGAGUCUAUUUUAUUAACUUUGGCAUUGGACCUUUUUCAGCAGAAAAUGUAAAUGUUUCCAUUUUCAUAAAUUCAGCAAAUAAUCCAUAUGAAAGAAUAAGACGUAACAGUAAACACAUUGAUAGUUCCGAUCAAUUAUCUCGUAGUUUCAUUCGUUUGAUUGACGAUGAUACGAGCUUUGAGUAUUUUAUUGAAGGAGGACAUAACUCAUCUGAAGGUUUUCCUACUUAUUUGUUAGCAUAUAAAUUGAAUGAUAGUUUACCUAUUCUAUUUGUCUGGCAAAUCUUCUUUACAACGCUCUUUUCACCUUCAAGUUCAUUCAAUUGUCCUGUUGACAACAACUUCAGACCAAUUGACGGAGCCUACAGAGAUCCGCAAUUUUGCGGUGCCUAUUAUCAAUGUAUCAAUGGUAAAGCUUAUCCACAGAACUGUCCUCUUGGUCUUUUCUUUAGAUUUACAACGUUAGAUUGUACAAUUAUAACUUGUGUUGCACCUGAAUAUGCUGAUUGUCCAACGUCCAAUAAUGAGGUGUUCCAUAAAGAACCUCAACAAUGCGAACCAAACCAGAAAGAUUUUUCAACUCCUUGUUUUACAAAAACGGACGAAUGUGCACCAAAUCUUAAUGCAACAGUUCCGAGUUUAAUCGAUUGUAGAAUCUAUUAUCAUUGCGAAAAUGGGGUAUCUUGGCCCCAACAAUGUCCUCCCGGUUUCUUUUUUAGCCCUGUAGUUAAUCCAAGAACGUGUACCGUAAAGCUUUGUGUUCGAGCGGAAGAUGCGAACUGUCCAAGACCAGGAGGUUGGUCUGAAUGGUCACCUUGGGGUGAAUGUGAACCGAGUUGUGGAGGUGAUGGAAUACGAACUCGAACAAGAAACUGUAAUAAUCCUCCACCAAUAAACGGCGGUGCCGAAUGUCCGGGUGUACCAAUUGAAGUGGAAGGUUGUCGAACACCCGAUUGUGGAUAUUACAGAGAACCAGCAUUUAUGGUAUCUUUACAAAGGACUACUUCAUUCAAUAUAGAAAAAGUCAGAUGGAGCUCGAUUGAUAUAAAUCAAGAUGAUUUAUUUAGUUCUGGAGACAAUUCAUUAAAUAUAAAAAAGUCUGGUUUAUAUUAUAUGUCUAUGACUGCUACUGUUGCAUUUAACAGCGGUAUUCGACUUGCUCUAGAAAAUGCUGGCAGAACAAUUGGCCUAACGAGAGAACGGCUAACAUCUUCUUUUGAUUUAACAACCAGAAGUGGCUUAUUUACUCUGAGUAGCCUAUAUCGACCACAUAUCUAUCAAAGAUUAAGCAGCGCAAAUUUAGUUGGAGAUGAUACUGGAAAAGAUACUUCGUGGCUCGGUUUCAGAUAUUCGUCUGACAAUUAUAUCUAUGCUGCUAUUAGUUCAAGUGGUAGACAUGACGGUAUUCUUAAUAUGACUUCUAUUGGCAGUAUUAGAGGCUUUCAAAUUUCUAAUGGGUAUAGUACAUUCACGGCAGGUGCAACUGGAUAUUAUUUUGUUAGCUUUGGUGUUGGUACCAGUAGUAAUUCUGCUGUAAAUGCUUCGAUUUUGAUAGACUCUGUUAGCACUGCAAGUGAACAGAUAGUUCGUAAUUAUCCUCAUAGAAAUGACAACACUCAACUAUCGCGAAGUUUUAUUUGUCAAUUUGAGAGUGGUUAUAGGACUUUUGAAUAUUUCUUACAGGGAUAUCAAGACUAUUCUUAUGAUUCUACUUAUCUUUCUGCUUUUAGAUUGAACGAAAGCUCACCUAUUUUAUAUGUGACUCAAGGUCCUGGUGUUCAUUCACCUUGCGGCAGUCAAACUUAUAGAAUGAACUUUAAUAGAAUUCUACACGAUACAACAUAUUCAUGGAACUCUUCCGAUGUGUAUAUAGCCCCGAAAGAUGGUACUUAUUAUGUUGAUCUUAACAUCGCUGUUCAGAGAUACAGCAUUGCAGAGGUUUCUGUUCGUGUCAAUCAAGUUGAAAUGUUUAGGUUAUAUAGAAGAAGAUCAGAGAGUGCCGGGUCUGAUUUAAUAUCAAAAGCAGGCUUGGUUAGAAUGAAUGCAGGAGACAAUCUACAUGUAGAUUACACAGGUUGUAUAGCUAAUAAUGAAGUAUACUCGUCAAUGUCAUUAUUUUUAAUAGUUUAA